AUGAAGUACGUGGAGAAGCCCUUGAAGCUGGUCCUCAAAGUGGGAGGCAACGAAGUCACCGAGCUCUCCACCGGCAGCUCCGGGCACGACUCGAGCCUCUUCGAAGACAAGAACGAUCAUGACAAACACAAGGACAGAAAGCGGAAAAAGAGAAAGAAAGGCGAGAAGCAGGUCCCCGGGGAGGAGAAGGGAAGGAAACGCCGGCGCGUGAAGGAAGAUAGAAAGAAGCGAGAUCGGGACCGUGUGGAAAAUGAGGCAGAAAAAGACCUCCAGUGCCAGGCUCCUGCAAGAUUAGACUUGCCUCCUGAGAAGCCUCUCUCGAGCUCUUUAGCCAAACAAGAAGAAGUAGAGCAGACCCCCCUUCAAGAAGCUUUGAAUCAACUGAUGAGACAGUUGCAAAGAAAAGACCCAAGUGCUUUCUUUUCAUUUCCUGUGACUGAUUUUAUUGCUCCCGGCUACUCCAUGAUCAUUAAACACCCAAUGGAUUUUAGUACUAUGAAAGAAAAGAUCAAGAACAAUGACUACCAGUCCAUAGAAGAGCUGAAGGACAACUUCAAACUUAUGUGUACUAAUGCUAUGAUUUACAACAAACCAGAGACCAUUUACUAUAAAGCUGCAAAGAAACUGUUACACUCAGGAAUGAAAAUUCUUAGCCAGGAGAGAAUCCAGAGCCUGAAGCAGAGCAUAGACUUCAUGGCAGAUCUGCAGAAGAGUCGAAAGCAGAAGGACGGCACAGACGCCUCGCAGAGCGGGGAGGACAGCGGCUGCUGGCCCACGGAAAAGGACGACACCGGCGAGAUGGAAGCGCAAGCCUUCAAGAGUCCCAGCAAGGAAAACAGGAAGAAAGACAAAGAUGUGCUUGACGAUAAAGUGAAGAGCCAGAAUUUAGAAAGAGAGCAGGAGCAGCUUGACCGCAUCGUGAAGGAGUCCGGAGGGAAGCUGACCCGGCGGCUGGUUAAUAGUCAGUGUGAAUUUGAGAGAAGAAAACCAGACGGAACGACGACGCUGGGACUUCUGCACCCUGUGGAUCCAGUUGUAGGAGAGCCCGGCUACUGCCCUGUGAGGCUGGGCAUGACCACUGGGCGGCUUCAGUCUGGAGUGAAUACCCUGCAGGGCUUCAGGGAAGACAAAAGGAACAAAGUGACUCCAGUAUUGUACUUGAAUUAUGGGCCCUACGGUUCUUAUGCACCACACUAUGACUCCACGUUUGCCAAUAUCAGCAAGGACGAUUCUGAUCUCAUCUAUUCCACCUACGGGGAAGACGACUCUGAUGUUCCCAGCGAUUUCAGCAUCCAUGAGUUUUUGGCCACAUGCCAAGAUUAUCCAUACGUCAUGGCAGAUAGUUUACUGGAUGUUCUAACUAAAGGAGGGCAUUCUAGAACCCUGCAAGAGUUGGAGACGUCACUGCCUGAAGAUGAAGGCCAGACCAGGACACUCGACACAGUGAAGGAAAUUGAGGUUACAGAAAUAGAGCCAGCGGGGCGGUUAGACUCCAGUGGUCAGGACAGGCUCACAGCCCUGGAAGCGGUAGCAAACUUUGGUGCUCCCAUCCAAGUUUUUGACUCCGAAGAAGCUGAGGUGUUCCAGAGAAAACUGGACGAGACCACCAGAUUGCUCCGGGAGCUCCAGGAAGCCCAGAACGAGCGCCUGAGCACCAGGCCCCCUCCCAACAUGGUCUGUCUCCUGGGCCCCUCGUACAGAGAGAUACAUCUCGCUGAACAGGUGACCAAUAACCUUAAAGAACUUGCACAGCAAGUAACUCCGGGUGAUGUCGUCAGCACUUAUGGGGUUCGGAAAGCGAUGGGCAUUUCCAUCCCCCACCCCGGUGUGGAAAGCAGCCUGGUGGAUCUCACAGAAGAUUUUGAAGAAGCUAAAAAGAUUGAUGUUGCUGAGUGUGAACCCGAUGGGAGUUGAGGCUAACUGGUAUUUGAUUAUAUAUUAUGUACAUAUUUUUUCAUUCUUAGUUUGGAAAUGCUUUUCAGAAGAUAUUAAAUAUUUGUAAAUUGUGUUUUUAAUUAAACUUUGGAACAAUUAAA